GGUGGAAUGCUGGUCACCAUAGCAACUGAAUCAACGGACGUGCACCAGCUGCUGAGCCCUUGGGCAGAGGUUCUGCUGCUGGCAGGAGGAGACGGGGUUGGCAUGGGGCAGUGUUUGAGGUACCAGAUGCAGUGGGAGGACCUGGAAGAGUACCAGGCUCUGACCUUCCUGACGAGAAAUGAGAUUUUGUGCAUCCAUGACACCUUCCUGAAGCUCUGCCCCUCAGGCAAGCACUAUAAGGAGGCCACACUGACGAUGGACCAGGUCAUCUCUCUUCCUGCCCUGAGGGUCAACCCUUUCAGAGAUCGCAUCUGCAGGGUAUUCUCCCACAACAACGUGUUCUCCUUUGAGGACGUGCUGGGCAUGGCGUCGGUGUUCAGUGAGCAGGCCUGCCCCAGUCUGAAGAUUGAAUAUGCCUUUCGCAUCUAUGAUUUUAACGAGAAUGGCUUCAUUGAUGAGGAAGACCUCCAGAAAAUCGUGCUAAGACUGCUGAACAGUGAUGACGUGUCUGAGGACCUGCUGAUGGAUGUCACCCACCACGUCCUGAGCGAGUCAGAUCUGGACAACGACAACAUGCUGUCCUUCUCCGAGUUCGAACAUGCAAUGGCCAAAUCUCCAGAUUUCAUGAACUCCUUUCGGAUUCACUUCUGGGGAUGUUGAUGCGGAGGCAACCCUGUGGUCCAGCAGCCUGGAGAGAGACCACUGCACCCUGGCAUGGUGGGAUCUGAUGUGAAGCAUGGCUAUCUCUGUCCCUCCUUCACCUCUGGAAUACUGUUUACUAAAUAAAGUAAUGUUUUCCUAA